AUGUGGCCAAAGCUAGUGCUCAACAAGGUCCUUAGAAAAAGUUUAAGCAGCAGUAAUUUCGUUGCCGACUUGCCAGAUUCAAGAGAGAUAAUGCCAGAAUUUCACAGUUCAGAUACCAUGAAAGCAUGCAAUCAGCAAACUUGCAAGAUUUUUGUCAGCUCUUGGAACGUUGGAGGCAUUGUUCCACCAGAAGACAUGGACAUCGAAUAUUGGUUCGAUAUAAAGAAAUAUCCCGCUGACAUAUAUGUUUUCGGGUUUCAAGAAAUAGUUCCUCUGAGUGCCGGAAAUGUUUUGGGUUCAGAAAACAGCAAGAUUUCCAGGAAAUGGAAUGCAAUGAUAAGAGAGACUCUCAACAAGUCGAGCUCUCGUGCAAGGCCGGGUCAAAGUUCUAUGGAAAGCCAUUCGAAAGAACAUUUCCGAUGUAUAGUCAGUAAGCAGAUGGUUGGGCUAUUCAUAUCCGUUUGGAUCAGGAGCAACCUCUGCGAAUUCGUCAGUCAUCCGAGCGUUUCUUGUGUCGGCUGCGGUAUAAUGGGUUGCUUAGGAAACAAGGGUUCGGUGUCGGUUAGAUUUUUGUUGCGUGAAACGAGCUUGUGCUUUAUUUGUAGUCAUUUAGCUUCUGGAGGGAGAGAAGGAGAUGAGAGGCACAGAAACUCAGAUGCAACAGAAAUAUUAUUGCGGACUACCUUCCCACACGGCCCCUCGUGCAAUUUGCCGAGAAAAAUCCUCGACCACGACCGAGUGAUUUGGCUGGGCGACCUAAACUACAGAAUCGACCUGCCUGACGCCACGACUCGGUCACUAGUCGAGAAAAGGAAGUGGGAUUUACUAUUGGAAAAAGAUCAGGGUCAUGUCUUCCAAGGUUGGCAAGAGGGAGUGAUCAAGUUUGCACCAACCUACAAAUACUGCCUGAAUUCGGAGGUAUACUAUGGUAAAAACCCGAAUACCAAAGUCAAAAAGAGUCGGGCUCCAGCAUGGUGCGAUCGGAUAAUUUGGUUUGGGGAGGGAUUGAAGCAAAGCCAGUACAACAGAGGUGAAUCGAAAUUGUCCGAUCACAGACCUGUUCGAGCGAUUUUCACAGCAGAGACCGGGAUUUACAGAGUCCUGCAGAAUUCAGAUGUUUCUAACAAGAGGGGAUUAACUGAUACAAGAACAACAUUUAAAAGAGUUUUUGAAUAAUAAAGAUAUAUGCAGUACUAU